UACAUUCAACAUUGUAAACAAAAAUCAUUCAAAUUAUUACUUUGGCGUGUUCAUUCACAAUCGUUAACAUUAUCUGUAUCAGCGUUAUGUACAAAGUGCCUGUGGGGUUUGAACCCGUGUUCUUCCUCUUCCUAACACUGUAAGUCCAACUAAUGAUGCAAGCCCAAAACAUUUGUACAGUCAGUGCUCCGUACACCCUGCGCAGCGUGGUGUAUUCUAUACAGGACAGUCUGUGGCUAUACCAGGUGCGUUGUGUUCUAAUGCCACACGCCCCAGUAGUUAUCUAACUAAACAACACAAACAUGACAAUGUUCUACGUCGGAUUGAUGACACUUGUAGUUGUAGUAACAACUGCAUUGAUGAUGUUGGGCUAUUGGAUUUCCUGGCGAUCCCAGAAACUCCCAGACGUGUUUCGCGGAUCAGGAUUUAGUGACGGAUUGCGAAAGAAGAAGAGUCGACUGCGUACGCUCAUCGUUACGGCCCAUCCAGACGAUGAAUGCAUGUUCUUUAGCCCGCUAAUUCAGCAUUUAGUGCAGCUGGACCACAAAGUCUUUCUUCUGUGUUUGUCCUCAGGCGAUUUCUACGGCAUGGGAACGACACGAAUCAUCGAGCUGUUGAGCAGUAGCAGGGUGCUUGGAAUCGACGCAACUCACGUCACUGUGCUGAACGAUAAGAACCUGCUGGAUAAUGCCAGCUUGGAUUGGGAGCCGGCAGAAGUGGAGAAACACAUUGUCAAAGCGUUAAGGAACACACAGGCUGAUAUUAUUAUAUCGUUUGACGGAUAUGGUGUGAGUGGACACAGCAAUCAUCGGGCCAUCCACAGAACCCUGAGUAAGAUGCUGAAAGCUGGACAUCUCCACAAAGGCAAGGCCGGAUCGCAAGUCCACGCAUUCAUGUUGGAGAGUGUCGCCAUCUAUAGGAAAUAUUGUGGGUUUUUCGACGCGACAGUGUCGAUGUUUCUUUCACCAUAUACUGUGAUAUCGACUCCCACUGGUUACAUUACUGCACUGAGAGCCAUGGUGCAACAUUGGAGUCAGCUAGUUUGGUUUAGGAUGUUGUAUGUCGCCUUCUCACGUUACAUGAUGGUGAAUACGCUCGUGCCGUUAGAUGCUACUGAAAUCUGCAACACGUGACAUCAUCAAUCGUCGUGGUUACGCCAACACUCCAUUCGAUUCGUCUGCAGCUUGCGAUGAGGCAUCCAUGCCACUGCUGCGUUUGUCGGGUUGCACUGAUGAGGUACGCCUCGCCAUACAUACAGCCAUAUCUGCCGUCAACGACGCAUUAAUCACAUCGCUUUGCUCUACUGCAUCCGUCGAUGUUGCCCCGUGCCGGCUAGCGCUGGAUUUAUUCCGCGCGCGCAAUCUCGAGUAAGUUCGUCGUUAUCGGACGAUCAUCAACGCGAAGCAUGAGAUGAUUGCUGCAGCUAGGCUCUUCACUCCCGUCUCUUGUUGUCGUGCCGGCACGCUCUGCCUGCCCUGAUCGAUCUAUCAGUGCUGCGACGGAGCUCUUGAUGGCGAGAUGUCGGGGUCGGGAGGGGUUUCCGAUGUCAGACGCGUCGCGAGUAGUUGCGACCGUCGAAAGUCGUAAAUCCCGUAUCGUUUUUUUUUCUUCGGAAACGAUCGGUGUCGCGCGGAAGUCGGGACGUUCGCGUUCACGGUCGCGACGAUUCGUGAUGUUGUCGGCGACGUGCGAGCGAAAUCUCUCUGACGAUGCGCCGUUACACAACAUCCUGCGUGUCGCGCGGUAAACAUGCGCGUCCCACGCGCCGCUCGAAAUGCCACUCGGGCGAACGCGCUCGAAGGGAUGCAGUGGUGCGAUACUAUGCGGAAUUAAAAGCGUGGACGCGCACACUCAGAGUAGGAUGUGAUUAUAUGUACCUUGCUCGUAUUCUCACAGGAGGACGAUGACAAGUGCACUUGCAAGCGUGGCGUGAUACUCGGUGUCCGCUGCCAAACCUUUGAUCGCGAAGUGAAGGUAAUGGAAACAGUUGCAAUAUAGUACAAAUUUUAGUGGACCAUUCAUAAGCGUUUUGUUAACAUUUUAGUAGGAGGUUCGUUAAUAAAACAAACUUGUCGAUUUUGUCGGGUUGGGUAAUGCAGUGUGUCGUUGCAGAUAAUGAUAUUACUCACAAAAGUUAUCCAGUAAAAGAAAUACUGUAGCGAAA